AUGGGAUACGCUUCGCCAUUUGAGGGGGAGAAUGAAGAUGAAUCAGAACUUGAAGUAGAAGUAAAUGCUGAGUUGGAUCCUGCCUAUGAUCCAAAUUACCCUCCUCUCAUAAAAUGGACAAAGGAUCAUCCUAAAACUCAAAUCAUUGGUGAAUCAUCUGAGGGAGUUCUCACACGCUCUCAACUGAAGGCUAAGCAAGCUGCUUUAUUCUCUCAAGUAGAAUUCUGCAUGUUUAAUUCGUUUGUCUCCAAAAUUGAACCGAAAACAGUAAAUGCUGCUCUUGAUCACUCUGAUUGGGUGCAAGCUAUGCAAGACGAACUCGAUGAGUUUGAACGAAAUCGUGUUUGGAGGCUGAUUCCCACACCAAAGGAUGUAUCUGUAUUCGGUUUAAAAUGGGUUUUUAGAAAUAAGUUAGAUAAAGAAGGCAACGUAAUUCGCAACAAAGCGAGGCUCGUGGUGAAAGGAUAUUGUCAGGAAGAAGGAAUAGAUUAUGAAGAGACCUUCGCUCCUGUAGCAAGUUUGGAAUCAGUGAGAAUCUUUCUGGCAUAUGCUGCACAUAAAAACUUCGAAGUUUUCCAAAUGGAUGUAAAAUGUGCUUUCUUGAAUGGAGAACUAGAAGAAACGGAUUUGUGA